AUGGUGGGGCGUUCUUUCUCCUCUUUUUUUCUGCUGCUUCUCGGCCUCGGGGUUCCUCGAGGCGCGGUUGCCGUCCGCUGGAGCGCGGGGGCGCGGCGGAGCGGCGCCACGGACAGUCAGCCUCUCCCCUUGCAGCCUGUGGAGGGCUCUGAUGCCUCUCUUGCCGGGCGCGGCCUCUCAGGCCGUCCGCUCAGAUUCUUCGCGGGGCCGACGGCGCCGGGAGCCGUCUCCAACGCCGGCGCGGCUUUCGGGGUCGUGCCCCCGGGAGUGCCUCUUCCCGGCCAAGACGCUGCGCUCCUCGCGGCUGGCCUUCUGGCGAGGCGCUCAGGGGCACCCCUUGCCUUGGGGGCGACCACGGCAAUCGCGCCCGCAUUGCCGUCGCCUCCCUUGCAGCCCGCUUCGUACGCCCCCGCCCUCGCCUCGGUUUCGCCGGCGGCAGUGCCGUCGCCCGCCGUCUCGGGACCCCGCGUGCUGACAACCCCGACAGCGGCUCGUCGCUCCCCCCCCGCGGUCGGGCUCCUCUCUCUCGCCGCCAACGUCGAACCCGCCGCGGGCGCCGUGGACCCUCUCUCAACUCUUCCGGCUGCCGCGCCGUCGCCCGCCGCAGACGCGCCCGCGGGAGUCGCCAACUCGGGAGUGGGUUUCCCAGCGCCCGUCCAGGCAGUCGUGGCUGUCCCGCCUGCGCUCGCUGUUCAGGUGAUGGGUUCAGCCGCGCCGGCGUUGCCAGCCGCCCCCCCGGCGCCUGCGACCCUCUCCCCAGUCUCUGCCGUCGGCGCUCCCGCUGUGCAUCCGAUCGUCGGCGCUCCCGCUGUGCAUCCGAUCGUCGGCGCUCCCGCGCCACUCGGCGUCGCGGCGCCAGCUGCCCAGGCGCCAGAGGCCGCGUCCGCAGCAUCAAGCGGCGGGGUCGGCAGCGCCUCCCUCGCGCCCGCCGAGUCCGUCGCGCCGAGUGGCGGCGUUGUCGGUGGAGCCGCCGUCCCUGUCGGCGCCCCGAUGGCGCCGGCGACCGCAGGUGCUCAAGGAGGUGCGGGCCUGCCGAGUACCCACGCGCAGUUUCCCCCCGCCGUCGGAGCUCCUGCGCCUUCGGCGCCGCUCGCCGGGGCUGCGCCACCUGCACGCGUUCAAAGCGCCGGGGCGGCGUCGACUGCGGCGCGAGCCGCGGCUGACCCGGCGCUGCUCGGAGGCGCGACCGCGGCGGGCACUUCGCACGCCCAGGAACACACGGAGGGAAAGGGGGACGGCGGAGGAAAGCCUCCAGCUGACCAGUAUCUGAGUGCUCGUGCCGCCACCGCGGUCACCCCAAUCGAUGGCGCGGCGGUGCCGCCCCGCCCCACGCUCGACGGGCUUGAAAGCGAGGAGACCUGCUUCAAUCGUUGCUCGUGUGUCCCCGUCGUCGUCGGAUGCUUCCUGGCCUUCUUCACCUGCGGGAUCUGUGUGCUUGUCGCGGCCGUGUUCAUGUCGAGAGUCUUUUCCAAGGGAUUCUUCUCAGCCAUGUUUUUCCGAGGUGGGGGCUUCGCGAUUCUCCUGGCGGCUGUGCUCGGAGCGGUGGUCGGCGGUUUGGUCGGCGGGCUGGUGCGGGGCUGCUGGCCCGGAGGCCUGUACUUCGGCGGCGGCUUGAUGGCGUUCUCUGUCUCGAUCGUCCUUCUCGGCAAACGCGGCGCGGGCGUCGGAGCCAUUGGCGGCUUGUGCACGGGCGGGUCCAUCGGCGGGCUCAUCAGCCCCGGCGCUCUCCCGAUCUCACUGGGCUGUCUGGUCGGCGUCCUCAUGGGCAUCGUUAUCGGCUUCGCGCCGAUCUUCAGAGAGCUGAAAAUGAACAGCCGAUACAUCCGAUACGGCCUGGAGAGCAGGCAGCAGUCUGCGGCCUUCGGCGCCGGACCGAACGCGUCGCGCUCAGAGAGCUUCGCAACCCGAAACCGAAUCCCUUAUCGCAUGUUUUCCACUCCUUUGAAGGGAGCCUCGCUCCGCAGCUCGGGCUCCAUCGGGUCGGGAAGCGACCCCGAGAGUCGCCGCGCAGACUCUCUCCCCGAACGCAACGCGACAAAUGCACAGCUCUAG